AUGCUUCGCACCCAACAUUCAUAUCAGCUCCUACCACCGGCGUCUCACAUACUGCUACAGUCGAAGACGAGCCCGAAGAAACCACACAAUGACUUCUUCGCAGGACAUGAUGACUUCUCCGCAGGCUUAUUUGACGCAGGUCAGGCUCUCGAUGAGCCUGAUCAUCUGGACACGCAGUUUGUGGGGCCGGGUGAUAGAUUAUACCGCAACUAUCACCCGAAACUAAAUGGUACAUUUCUUGGUCAAUUCCUUGAAGACGGAGCAUCCCCAACGCCACCUCCAAGCAAAUCACCUGAUGACUGGACUCCAUACCGGGAUCACGUUGAAUUUGAGACUGCCGAAUUCCUGUACACGCGCAACCAGAUGUCUGCCGGGGACAUCAAUGUCUUAUUGGAUCUUUGGGCUGCAACCCUCCUGAAACAUAACGACAAGCCGCCGUUUGCAGACUGCCGUGAUUUACAUAAAACCAUUGACAGUACACCGAAACACAAUGCACCACCGUGGAUGGGUCAAUCUCACGACGUUUGGUAUCGAGAUCCCCAUGAGGUUGUUCGAAACAUGUUGGCAAACCCUGACUAUGCCACGGAGAUGGACUACCAGCCCUACCGUGAGUUCUCGACUGACAACGAUGAACGCCAAUGGCAGGACUUCAUGUCCGGCGACUGGGGCCUGGAACCAAGCGGUAUGUUCUCUUUUCUUGUUUCAUGUCGCUAUACACGCUGA